GAGACGAAAUGAAUAUAACGAUACAUGAGCCAUCCUAAGCUAGAUUACCUUCGACAAUUUGUGAAACCCAAUGACCCAAAGGAGGAAUAUAAGAUACUCGCUCCAAUCGGCAGUGGGACCUACGGAGAUGUCUUCAAGGCGGUUCAUCGUGAGAGGCGGACAUUGGUGGCGGUUAAAGUUAUGAAGAUUGAUCUUAAGGAUGACAUUCGAUCAAUUUGCCAAGAAAUACACACCUUGAGAGAAUGUCGGCAUCCAAAUAUUGUGCAGUUUUACGGUAGUUAUCUUAGGAAUAACAAAUUAUGGAUAUGCAUGGAAUAUUGCGGUGGACAAUCUAUGCAAGAUAUUUAUCUCUAUACCAGGCGUCCCUUAGAAGAAGACUGCAUUGCAUUUGUCUCCAGAGAAACUUUACAAGGUUUGAAUUUUAUGCACAAUCGUGGACGUAUUCAUAGAGAUAUUAAAGGUGCUAAUAUUCUUCUGACAGAUGACGGUCAUGUGAAAGUGGCGGAUUUUGGUGUUGCCGCCCAACUGAAUACUUCAAUUGCCAAACGAACAACUUUAAUUGGAACACCCUACUGGAUGGCGCCUGAGGUAGCUUCAAUUGAAUCUCGUGGCUCGGGUUAUGAUGGAAAGUGUGAUAUUUGGGGUGUUGGGAUUACUGCUAUUGAAUAUGCUGAACUGCAACCUCCAAUGUUUGAUCUAGACCCUAGGAAAGCACUACAAAUUCUGGGUUCGCGAAACUACAAGCCCCCUUCUUUACAAGACCGUCAUAAAUGGUCACCAUUAUUUCAUUCGUUUAUUAAAUGUUGUUUAAUCAAAGCAGAACGACGAAGACCUGAUGCAGCUACAAUGCUUACACAUAACUUUGUUACAAAUCCACACUUGUCUACUUUAUUAACUCAACGUCUGCUGUGCUAUCGGAGACAAUUAGAAUCCUCAGUCAAAAAUACUUAUUCCCAUGGAGACACAGGAAUAUCUUCAUCAAAUAAAAAGAAUCCUCCAUCCGGGGGUAAUUUUAUUCCUCCUGAUAAUCAUGAACCACCAGUAUCCUUUCCUGGUAUGCCUAUUUCAGUUCGACAGGAAGAAUAUUUCAAAUCUCUUCGAGUCAACGAUCUCCCAGUUAGUCACGGAAUUGAUGCUAGUGUUCCUGUGCAUUUUGUCCCAUCACAACAACUCAUUAUUGAACGAGAACCGGAACGAUUCCCAAGUGUACAAAUCCAAAGCAGUUUAUCUUGCUCUGAUUUAGCCGAUCUUAGCUAUAAUAGUGAUCAUACAAAGAAUUGUAAUGAGAUUGCAGAAUCUACAAAUGUGAACUACAUUUCACAAGGAAGAGAAAUCACUAUAAAUAAUAAUGAUAAUUUGACUAAAAAAAAUUAUGCACCAGAUAUAACAGUUACAGUUAAUGGAUUUGUAAAACAUUCACAAUCUGACUCAUCAUCUCAGUAUAAUAAUACACAACAGGCUGUGAUUCGACCUUUAUUACCAGCGAAAUCCUCUAGACACUCUUCAGUGCUUAAUAAUGAUAGUAAUCAUUCUGUAGAUUCAACAAAUUCAUUCAAUCAAAAUAAUAAUAUGGCUACUCUUAUCUCUAUUGGUUCUACUGAUAAUAACAGUAAUAUUAAUAGUAAUAGCGAUAAAUCAUCAGCUAUAACUAUUACCACUAAUAAUAAUGAUAAGCAAAAACCUAGUCGUCCUUGUCCGCCCAUAGUACGACUUAAUCCGUCACGUGUAUCAAAUAUAAACAGUGUUGGUGAAAUAUCUGAAGAAACUGAUUGUUUAACAGAAAAUCAUUUAUUUGCUGAUCGUUUAUUACAUAUCAGUUCAGAGGAUUUGCUUAGUGAGGUAAUGGAUGCAUUUGAAAAACGUCGUAGUGGUGUUGAUUUUCGUGCAUCUCAAUCCAUUGAUGGUUUCGAUGUUAGUCGGAUAGAUAAUAAGAUCAAAUUGAAUAAUGAAUCACAAAAUGAUACUUCAAUAAUACAACCGAACAUUCCUCUAGCGCCACGCUCACGUUCGAAACGACGCGCUCCUCCACCACCACCAUUACAGCCAUCAUCUACAGCAUUGAACGUUAUUACAACGAAUAACACUACUUCUACUACUACUACUAAUAAUAAUAUGUGUUCAUCAUUAGAUCAAAUAAUAAAUUUGUCUACUUUGGAUAUUGGCAGUAAUAUUUCAAAAACCGACAAGUUAUACAUCAAUGGUAUCUCUGCUCCAUCACAUGAAAAUCAUGUUGAAGAGACAUCAAAUGAUAUAACAUUAAAUUAUAAUAUUAAAAUAAUUCGAGAGGAUUCUAUGAGCAAUAAUGAAAAUGAUAAUGAUGAUAAUGGUAAUGAGACUGGAAAAUACAAUAGUUCUGUUAGUAUAAAUCAUAAUGGUCAAUUAUCCUCUUCUAUAAAUGAUAAUGAUAAAACAUUAACACCAGCUCCACCCAGACCUCCACCGCCUAAAUUAAAUAAUAAUCAUACUGGUGUAACUUCUUUGCCAACACCUCUCCGAAAUAGUAAACAAAAUGACGACUCAUCAAAGCAUAUUUCACGUCAACAUCAAUUAGAAAUGGGUAUUGGUCUUCCUCCUACUCCAAAAGUUCAUAUGGGUGCUUGUUUUAUGCAAAUAUUUGAAGGUUGUCCAUUGAAAGUGAACUCAACUGCUACAUGGGUAAAUCCAGAAACUUUAAGUCAAAUUAUUCUGUUUGGCACGAACGAUGGUAUUUAUUAUCUUGAUUUAGUCAAUUUAGCUGAUGGUACAUUAGAGUUGCUUGUUCCAAGACGAUGUCUUUGGUUAUUUGUAUUCAAAGAUACAAUGAUGUCAAUAUCAGGUCAACAUCCUCAAUUAUUUAGUCAUAAUUUAAUUUCAUUGAUGAAAAGUCGAACAUCACAAACACGAUUUCUUCAUAAGCGUUUUCAACCAACUGUCAAAGUUCCAGACACACGGGGUUGUUACAUUGCAACUGUAGUACGUAAUCAAUUCAAAGGGAUGAAAUAUUUAUGUGGUGCUAUUGAUAAAAGUAUCCUUGUUAUGGAAUGGUAUAAUCCAAGGAAUACGUUUAUUGAAGUGAAACGUGUUGAAGUACCAUGUAUGCCUAAUCCAUUGCUUAAUUUCGAUUUAAUAAUUAAUCCAAAUCAAACUUUGCCUACAGUAUGCUUAGGUGUAUCAUCUACCCCAGAUCCACUUGUCUAUAAAUUGCAUCUUGUAAAUUUAAAUGAAAAUUCAAAUUCAUCAUGGUAUACAAAUCCUUGCCGAUUUGAAGAUCAGUUGCAAGUGAUUAAAGUUGUACAGCUUGAUACACGUUCGUUGUUAAUUUGUUUUCCCACACACGCCACAAUGGUGAAUAUGAAUGGACGUGUACUAGUUAGUAGAGAUGGGCGAAUAGCCAAAUUCCCAUUCGAUACAACAGUUGACUCUAUUGUUCGAUUGCACGACAGUGUACUCGCUUUUCAUACACAUGGUUUGAGGGGUAUCGAUUUCUUCGGUAGGGUUACACAAGAUAUUGAUGACGAUAAACAUGUAUAUCGACUAUUAGGAAGUGACCGGAACAUCGUUGUUGAGAGUAGGCCAAGUGAUAAUCCAAUGUCUAAUUCAAACCUCCUUAUUUUGGUUGGACAUGAAGACUCAUCCUGAUUCAUAAUUAUUAGUUUUAUUAUCAUUUCGAGGCAAAAUACGAAUUGUUUGCAUACCUGAAAACUGUUCAAAUAACUCAUUUAUUCUAUCCUCAAUUGAUCACAACAAAAGUAUUGAAUAUAUUAUUUCAUCGAGUUGGAAAUUCCUAUUCUAUUCGUUUUUGUAAUUGACGAUUUAUGAUAUUAUCUUUGUUAUGAAUUCAGAAAACAAUACAUACUCUAUUUCUGUAUGUCUGAAGGAUGGCAAAAGUGUCUUCUGUAACGAACUGUGAACAUUGUUUACUACUUGGUUUUACCAUCAUAUUUUUUUGUUGAAACCUAAUUUAUUUCUUUACCUUUUCAUUUCUUUUUUUUAAUAGAAAAUAUUUCUCUUGUCAAUCAUUAUUUUAUGAAAUUUGUACAGUCUUAGUUUUAUUUGUUCAUUUCUGGUCGACAUUAUGCUCGCCCAUGAUCGGAUUUAUCUAACUAAUACGUAUGUUUUCGGAAGCUAAUAACGAACAUUGUUUCUGCAACUAAUUCUAACUUUCUUGUAAUAUCAUUUUUGAACAGUUCUGAUGACAAGACUUCCACUGACUAAUCCAUUCAUGGUUCAACUAUUAUACCGUAUCAAGUAACCUAGAAUACU